AUGUCUAUAACAACUCUGUAUUAUUUACAACUCAAAAAAGAGAAUGCACAUGAGGAUGCUAUUUGGUGCUGUAGUUGGAGCCAAAUAUGUAAAGAAAAAAAGAAAACCGUCGAAGAAAAUAACGAAAAUGUAGAAAAUACACAGGAUUCAAAUCACUCUGAAGAAGCACCACCACCAGAGAAUUACAUAAUAACAGGUGGACUUGACGAUAUUAUUAAAAUUUGGCAGCUAGAUAAUGGAAAACUAGAAGUUAAACAUCAAUUAGAAGGACAUUCUCUGGGUGUAAUCUCUGUCGCUGUUAGUCCUGAUGGGAAGACAUUAGCAAGUAGUUCUUUAGAUUCAUCACUAAUUCUAUGGGAUAUAGAGUCUGGAGAGAAAUUAAAAACUAUGGAAACAGGUACAACAGAUGUUUGGACGUUGGACUUUUCUCCGGACGGCAAACAUGUGAUCUCGGGAAGCAAUGCCGGGAAAGUCAUCAUAUUUGGAGUAGAGAGCGGCAAACAGGAACAAACCCUGGACACAAGAGGAAAAUUCACAUUGAGUGUGGCCUAUAGUCCAGAUGGUAAAUACAUAGCGAGUGGUGCAUUAGAUGGUAUCAUCAAUAUAUUUGAUGUGGCUCAAGGCAAGUUGGUGCAUACAUUAGAAGGUCAUGCGAUGCCGAUCAGAAGUCUCUGCUUCUCUCCCGAUUCACAGCUACUGUUGACGGCCUCUGACGAUGGACAUAUGAAGCUUUAUGAUGUUGUUCAUGCAAAUCUUGCUGGUACAUUAUCAGGCCAUGCUUCAUGGGUGCUAUCGGUGGCUUUUUCUCCGGACGGUAAACGUUUUGUAUCAGGGAGUUCAGAUAGAACAGUCAGAGUUUGGGAUCUUGAUAGUAUGCAAUGCCAGCAUGUAUUCAAGGAACAUAAUGAUCAGGUGUGGGGUGUCAAGUUCAAUACGGAAAGUAAUAAAAUUAUAUCAAUAUCAGAAGACAAGACUCUUAAUAUUUACGACUGUCCUUUAUAG